UGUUGAUACCCAUACAACUUCACCGUGACAAUGGCUCCCGCUAUCGUAUCCGACAUUGAGCUCCCGGCCCAUGUGCCCGAGACCAGAGAAACACCCGCCUCAAAAGCAUCAACGUUCAAGCUCUUCUCCCUCGAGAACAAGACCGUCGCCAUCACAGGCGGAGCUCGCGGUCUGGGUAUUACACUCGCCAUUGCCGUUGUCGAAGCCGGCGGUAGUGUAGCUUGCCUCGACAUCCUUGAGGAGCCAUCACCAGCUGAGUGGGCACAGCUCAACAAGAUUGCUACCGCCAAUAAGGCUUCUGUCUCAUACAGAAAAUGCGACGUCACAGAAGAACAGUCCGUCGAGACAGCGAUGAAGGAAAUUGCUGCUGAGGCUGACCAGUCUGGAGCGCCUUUCUGGGGCACAAUUGCUUGUGCCGGCAUUCAGCAACAAAUUGCGGCACUAGACUACCCAGCUGCCGACUUUGACCGUAUCCUACGAGUGAAUGUCACUGGUGUCUUCAAUACUUGCAAGUAUGCAGCUCGCGUUCUGCGAGAGAAGAACAGCCCUGGAAGCAUCGUCAUCAUUGGAAGCAUGUCAGGCAACAUUGCAAACCGAGGACUCUCUUGCACAGCUUACAACUCCAGCAAGGCUGCUGUUCAACAAAUGUGCCGAUCGGUCGCUCAAGAAUGGGGUCAGUACGGUAUUAGAGUCAACACGUUGUCUCCCGGAUACAUCAGAACUGCAAUGACGGAUCAAUUGCUCCAAGAGAACCCCGAAGUGGAGAAGACAUGGAUGGCGGGUGCUUUGCUGGGCCGCCUGGGUGCUCCUGAAGACUUCAAGGCGCCCGCGGUAUUCCUGCUGUCCGAGGGUGCUUCGUUCGUUCAUGGAACAGAUUUGAGGGUCGAUGGAGGACAUUGCGCAUCUGCAUGA